AUGCGCUCGAUAGAGGACAAUUUCUGGGUUACCUAUGUGGAGGCCCGUGAAGUAAUCCGGUCGGUGGACAGGACGCGAUCGAGGGAGCGAGCAAUAGGGCCUCUUGUCCGAGAUGACCCGCAGAUACAUGUAUUGACUGGUCACUUCAGAAAUGGACAACGAGAAUUGACGUUGACAUACGCCUCGGACAGAGACGUGAUAUGUUUCCAAAGCAGGGACUUGAAGAAUAUCCUGCACUGGGUCUCGCAUAUGCCAGUGAUGCCCCCAUUCAUCCAGAUGGGCUUCUUCAACUUUGCUUUGCCCUACCACAAGUCAUGGGCCAAUUUUUACCCAGAGAGGGCACCCAUGUAUCGAUACCACAAGCGGAGAACGAUGGACGGCAUCAUCUUCCGCGCAUGCGCCAGAUCCGGAGCCCAGCACUUUUGGCUGAUUGACAGAGUGCCUCGUCCCAAGGAGGAAAAACGGCAUGAGUUUGCUGAAGAUCCUAGCAAAAUUUUUGGCUACCGGGAGCGCUAUUUACCGGUCAACGAUAUAAGUGAUUGGGAUCUUCGGGACUCAAAGUCUUUAGAAUUCUUGGAUAGACUUAAAGAGGCAGUGUUAUAUUGGCAGAGGCUCGUCAUUGGCAAUAGGUCGCCUUUGGAGUAUUCAAGACCUCCUCAGGCGUAUGGAGUUCUCUGCUGCGUCGAGUGAGAAAAAGACGCCGCGUUAUCCCAAUAAUUCUAUGAUUACUCUUGGGAGAUAAUUGUAGUGGUCAUUGUGAGUUCACGGGCAAUGGAUGCAUGAUGUUAGUGAGGAGCUUUUUACUCAGGGGCCACAGGUGCAAUUGGAGGAUGGAUGGAGAUGUAGGAUAAGCGGAUAUCAUUCUUGAGCCUCCACAGCGAUAUUUCCAAACAUGUUCCAUCUUUCUAAAUCAGCCGAUGCCCGC